AUGAUCGACUCAAGAUUAUGCGAAGAAUUUGACAAGAUGGAUGCUCCACAGCUCCGAAAUCUUCUCAAGUUGGUCUGCGACAACAAAGGCUUUACUUUGAAGCAUUGUCAUGGAAAGCUUUUUGUCAAGCCAGAGAAGGUGUUUUUCGGAGUCGUUGGCUUUCACGACGGCAAGCCUAGAGUUACUGACUUCGGGCACUGCGAUAACUAUGAGGAAAGGGAAGAGGAUGUUGGAAUCGAAGUUGAAGAAGUGCCGGCCAAGUCCAAGUACGAAAUCCAUGAGUUAGUCAGAGCCAACAAGAGAAAACAUCCCGGCAAAAGCACCACCAUGUUUAGAUGCGAGAAUUGUUAUAGUUACUUCUGCAUAAACAACAACCCGGCCAAUGACUGUCUAUGGCAUCCAGGUUAUAGAACAACGGAUCUUGAAGAUAUCAUAUGGGCAGAUCAUGAUUCAAAGAAAGACGGAGCAAUUGAAUCUCUUAUUGAUCAUCCGGACUUCGAGGAUCGUUGGAUUUGGUCUUGCUGUUCACAGUUCGGAAGCGACUGGGGUUGCAAAAACACGAGACACAAAGUGUUGGAAGAAGUCGAAGAGACAAGGAAUAUAUUCGAACCCACUCCCGAAGACUCACGGAGUGACUGCGAAGACCUUGAAGAUUCUGACUCAUACGAUGCAUCCGAGGACAGGGAAGAUGUUGAGGAACCGGCUGCGAAGAGGGCCAGACAUGAUUACAACAGUGUGUACAGGAAACAGAAAAGUAGACAAUGGUGCUGA